UGAACGAGCCCCGUACGUGGCUGGUUCAAAAUUUCAAAAAUCACCAAUGCACAAUUCAAGCGGGACGACUGACACGAUUAUUUUCACAAAAACUUCUAUUUUCAGCGUUUAUUUGUCAAUUAUGGAAAUGAUUGAUUGGGUUUUGGGGUUUUUUUUGGGGGGAGGUCGGGGUUGUGAUGGGGUUUUGAUGAUUUUGUUGAAGAUUCGAGUUGGACGCGCGCGUUGGUGUUUACUUCGGGUUGGGACGGUGAAAUAGCAGCUUGGUUAGGUCGCGAGAUUUUUUUUUUUUUCACCAAAAAAAUUCGGGUUUAGAGAUUUGUCGGGUUCAGGGCGAAUAUGAAAUGUUUGUUGCCGAGAUUUCGUGUCUGUGUUUCAUUUGUUUCUGGAGGUGACGAUUUGUGAAUGGCUCUUGAUACUUAACAUCGAGUUCUGUUUGAAAAUGCAUUUGUACGUUUGAAAAAUUUCGAGUGGCCAUGGACGAGUCAGCUGAAACCUUGCUAACCAUGAAAAACGGUGGCUAUCCGUCAUUGGACGAGAUAAAAACGGAGAUUGAUGAGGAUUCAAUGGAUAUUGACCACAACAACUCCUUCGAGAUGGAGACUGAGGAUUCAGAACCGAUGCCAGAGCUGGGACCUGCUGCUCUAGGUCUUCAGAGAGUGGGAACUAAACCACCUCCAAAGAAGCAGAAUCCUCCUCAACCAGUACAAGUGCUAAAUCGUCGUGGCAUGCCGGCGAGAAUAAGAAAGAAGAAUAAAUUAUUCUACGAUGACAUCUUGGUAAAUCACCCACACCACAGAAUAAAAAAGGAGCCAGGAACAAUAGACCUCAAGCCCUCGCCCCGUAAAAUUCCACGUCCAUCUCCUCCAAAGCGUCAAACCCGCUCCUCCACUGAGCCCAAAAAAAUUAUUCCCCAGACACCUCCACCGCCUCCACCACCAAAAACACCCAUCAAAAUUGAAAAAGAACCGGAGAAGCCCCUGGCCCCAGGUUCACCAGACCGCAAAGUGGGGCAGAAAAUAGGAAUGCGUCUUCGGAAUCUCCUGAAGCUCCCCAAGGCCCACAAAUGGGUCUGCUAUGAGUGGUUUUACAGUAACCUCGACAAAACCCUCUUCGAAGGUGAUAAUGACUUCAUGAUCUGCCUGAAGGAGUCGUUCCCCCAGCUGAAAUCACGAAAACUGACGAGAGUCGAGUGGUGCAAGAUCAGAAGGAUGAUGGGCAAGCCCAGGAGAUGCUCCCAGUCCUUCUUCGAGGAGGAGAGAAGAGAGUUGGAGCGCAAGAGGCAGAAGAUCAGGAUGCUCCAGCAGAGAAAAACAGCUGAUGCCAACAGCUUUAAAGAUCUGCCCCCAGAGAUUCCCCUUCAGCUGGUUAUUGGCACGAAAGUCACAGCGAGACUGAGAAAGCCCCAGGAUGGUCUUUUCACUGGUAGUAUCGAUGCUGUGGACACGAGCAACAACACCUACAGGAUAACCUUCGAGAGAGCGGGUCUGGGUACUCACAGUGUACCUGACUACGAAGUCCUGUCGAACGAACCACCAGAGACAAUCAGUGUCGCUUCAUUUGCUCAGAAAUUCAGGCCCAGGCACGUCCAGUACGUUCCUUCACCUCCCUAUGCCUAUAAAUUGCGUUCACCAAGAUCCAACAACGAUCCCCUUAUCUCAAAUGCCGCAGUCUCAGUUCCUAAGAAAAGUCACAUUGGUGGGGGCACGAUGAAUGGAUAUCCCCUCAAACUCCUCGAGUUCAUGGUGAAGGUUAACAAAAUUCUUGCGGCUAAAAAAAUUAAAAUAAAAAAACUCAAAGAGAUGAACACUGAAGCUGAGAGAAGAAGAUCCUUUGGGGAGUCCCUAUCACCUGAUUUUGAGAGGAAAUACGCUUCCGUUGUCGUGGAGCUGGAGAAAAUGAAUACUGCUCUCCAGGAGUUCCUCAAUGAGGUACAGGAUCUCUGCCAGGAGAUCGCACCUGAGCCCUCGGUGGCGGCAAUGCUGGUGCCCUCCCAUUUGAGGGAAAAAUGUAGACAGGAAGCUGCUGAUAUGGUGUCCAGGAAUAAUAUUAUCAAUGAUAAGGCACCUACGAAGAUGAAUCAGUUGGUCACUGAUUUAACUGCUCUUAUGCUGCAAGUGAAGUGUUUAUCAGAUUCAGAUCGUAAUGCGUACGAGUUGAAAGUUCUCCAGGGGACGAUGGAUCAAAUAAGAUCACGACUGAGUCCUCAGAAUCAACAGGUGUUUCAAAAUUGCGUAGAAAUUCACAUGCAACACAUUCAGCUUGGUUUGGGCCAGACAGGAUCACUCACCCCAUUCAUGGCACCAAAAGCCUAGCAAGAGGAAGACCACAAUCACCGAUGAAGUACUAAAGAUCAGAGUUCAAUUAUAUUGAUAAAUUGUAUAGAAAGAGAUUCAUUAUUAUCAUGAGGAUGAUUCUGUCCUUCUCAGGACUAAUGAGGCAUCACUUUUUUGUACAUACAAAAUGAUGCUUUUGCACUUACGAUGGUAUAAUCACUGUGGAAUCUCCACCUUUACUGCCACCUAGAGUUUUUGUUUUUCGUUUCUCAUCGAAUAGAUUUUUUUUUUCCUUUUAUUUCUUCUUAAUUUUACUGGACUGGCACUUGUUAAUGGCGGAAUAUGAAUUUUAUUAUUCUUUGGGAUUCAUGGGGGACAUACCAUGGCUUUGAAUUGAGUCUGAAUUU